AUGCAACAUUUAUUGGAUGCCAAUCGCCGCUAAAUCUCAUCGAAGAAGAAGGGUUGUUCCCGAGCUAGCCACGCACGAUAUUCUGUUGCUGCUAGGUAUAGGAACUGAUUUCGUUUCAGUUUAUAAUAAACAAAGGCUUGAUCAGAAACACCGUAGAUAUGGCAGAGGCGAUUCAGAAGAAAUUACAAUCGGAGCUAGAAAAAUACCAGCAGAUGCAAAAAGAUGUUAGUAAGAGCAUGUCAGCCAGGCAGAAACUGGAGGCUCAGGUGACAGAGAAUAAUAUAGUCAAAGAGGAGUUGGACUUGUUGGACACCCAGAACACAGUUUACAAGCUUAUAGGUCCAGUUCUGGUGAAGCAAGACUUGGAGGAAGCCAAAGCCACAGUGGCAAAGAGGCUAGAAUACAUAAAUGGGGAGAUUCAAAGAUACGAGACUCUCCUAAAGGACAUGGAGAAGAAGUCUGAUCAGCACCGUGAGGUCCUGUCUAGUCUGCAGCAAGAGUACCAGAGGGCUCAGGGCCUGGCUGUGGGCAAGGUCUGACCAGCAGAUGGCAUGGACGCACACGCACACACAGGGAGAAAGAAAAGCACUGAAUCCAGCCGCAGAGCUUUGCUACUCACCCAACAAUGACGCCAUAAAUCCAAUGACCUAUUGUCCUUUGUACUUAUUGUAUGCAGCUGCUUGUUAGUGUGACUUCUGUAGCUGUUAUUAUAAUAAAUACAUAGUUUUUCUUUUUGUGAUUAAA